AAACAACACAAUAAAUUCGAGGGACGAUAACCAAACGCUUGACGUGUCGUGAUCGACUACUGCCACGUUUUUUGUUCCAAUUUAAUAAACAACGGUGAAAUAUGGGACUUUUAUCAAUCCUGAGAAAAUUGCGUUCCAAUCCAGACAAAGAAUUGCGACUGCUUCUUCUGGGAUUGGAUAAUGCUGGAAAAACGACGAUUUUAAAAUCCUUGGCCAGUGAAGAUAUUACGCAGGUAACACCGACACAAGGCUUCAAUAUAAAGAGCGUCCAAAGCGAAGGAUUCAAAUUGAACGUUUGGGAUAUUGGAGGUGCUCGAAAAAUUCGUCCCUAUUGGCGAAAUUACUUUGAAAAUACGGAUGUUUUAAUAUAUGUCGUGGACAGCGCGGACGUUAAGAGACUAGAAGAAACAGGUCAAGAGUUGUCAGAGCUCUUAUUGGAAGAGAAAUUAAAAGCUGUUCCUUUAUUGGUUUAUGCAAAUAAACAAGAUCUUGGACAAGCUGUCACAGCAGCCGAAAUCGCCGAAGGUCUUGGAUUGCACAAUAUCAAGGAUCGCGACUGGCAGAUACAAUCAUGCAUCGCGACCGAAGGAAAAGGAGUCAAGGAGGGUCUUGAAUGGGCAUGCAAGAACAUCAAGAGAAAGUAAUGCUGGUAAAAGAAUAACAACAAACCGCAACGAUUUACGAUGUACCUCGUACAUCCAACAUACGUUUUAUUUGGCUUUUACCUAAUAUUUACAGAAGCUGUUGCAAACAACGCAAACGCAUGAACACGAUCGAAUAGAUCUAGUCAUUCAACUUCCGGCCUUCAUGGAAGGAGCUUUCGUAAGCUCAGAAUUACGACGUCCCAAAGAAUAUAUCUAUAUUAUAAUACGUACCUUCUCACAAGUGCUCUUCUUAUGAAAUAGAAUUCUUAGAGAUUCCAUUAAAGAAAGAAAUAAAUAUAAUAGCGAAUCAAAAAGAAGAUGCAUACAAAUAAUUAUAAACUGGUGCUCUUAUAAUUGACCACUGUUGAUUUCACGACACUUGACCGAGAAAUAUUUAGCACCGUGGAAGUAAAAGAA